AUGGUGUUGGUCACAUGAUCUGAGAGAGGAAGACAGACAGGAGGCAGCACGGCCGGGCUGUAGUCUGCUCUAACAUUCAUAAACAUUCACUGCCGGAGUAAAAACAGUUGGCUUCUUUUAGUUUUAUCUUUAUAGUUUAACUAUUUAUUAUCUUUUAAAAGUUUACCGUCAUGGCCUCGACAGGACACCAGGACUCCUCGGAACGAGAAGGCCUGUCCUGCUUGGUGACUGGCUACGGCUCCACGGACAGCAGCGGCGAGCAUGACCAUCACAGUAACAGUCACGGCAACAACCACAGCAACCAUCAGUUUCCCACGACGAGACCAGGUCACUGGGUUGGGGCUGACCAGGAAGAAGAGGCUCUUCGCAGGAAGCUGAAAUACUUCUUCAUGAGUCCUUGUGAUAAAUAUCACGCCAAGGGACGCAAGCCUUAUAAGCUGCUCCUGCAGCUGCUAAAGAUCAUUAUUGUCACAGCUCAGUUGGUGUUGUUCGGCCUCAGUAACCAGGUGGUGGUGACCUUUAAGGAGGAGAACACGAUGACCUUCAAGCAUCUCUUCCUCAAAGACUACGAUGAGUCCUCAGAUGACUCCUUUGCCGUUUACACGCGGAGCGACGUCUACGAUCACAUCUUCUACGCCGUGGAGCAGUAUCUGGCCUUACCAGAGACCACAGUGGGACGCUAUGCAUACGUCUACGAUGUUGGUGUGAAUGGCAGCGCGCUCUCCCUCUGCCAACAGUACUACAAGAAGGGACGCAUCGACCCGGCCAACGAUACCUUCAGUAUAGACCCUCACAUCAUCACAGAGUGUGUCGGUGUGAACCCCCUGUCAGUCCCACCAAAUUCGCUCAGCAGCAGCUACAAGAACUUUACCCUCAAGUUCCACAAGCUCAUUAAUGUCACCAUAGAGUUCCAGUUGAAGGCAAUCAAUAUCCAGACCAUCAUCAACAACGAGAUCCCAGACUGCUAUACUUUUUACAUAACGAUAGUUCUGGAUAAUAAGGCUCACAGUGGGAAGGUGAAGAUCCGAUUAGAAAACCAGGCAACAAUAAAGGAGUGUAAAGACCCGAGCGUCUCUGGACAUGCUGACAGUUACUCACGUGUAGCUUUUGAUAUCAUCGUGGCCCUGGUGUGCACGGUGUCGCUGCUGCUCUGUGGACGCUCCAUACUGAGAGGCAUCAUACUGCAACAGGAGUUUGUUCAGUUCUUUAAAGAAACUCUAGAUCGUAAAGUGUGCUGGGCAGAUCGGCUGGAGUUCAUUAAUGGCUGGUAUAUCCUCCUUAUCAUCAGCGAUAUCCUCACCAUCACUGGCAGCAUCAUUAAAGUCGGCAUUGAAUCUAAGAAUAUGUCCUCCUAUGACCUCUGUGGUAUCCUGUUAGGGACCUCCACACUCCUGGUGUGGGUGGGAGUCAUUCGCUACCUCACAUUCUUCCAGAAAUACAAUAUCCUGAUCGUUACACUUCGAGCAGCGUUCCCCAAUGUGAUUCGGUUCUGCCUCUGUGUGGCCGUCAUCUAUCUCGGCUACUGUUUCUGUGGCUGGAUCGUCCUCGGACCAUACCACGUCAAGUUCCGUUCCCUGUCCAUGGUGUCAGAGUGCCUGUUCUCCCUUAUUAACGGGGACGACAUGUUUGUGACGUUUGCUGAGAUGCAGGAAAGCAGCACUCUGGUGUGGCUGUUCAGCCAAGUCUACCUGUAUACCUUCAUCUCACUCUUCAUCUACAUGGUGCUGUCGCUGUUUAUUGCUCUCAUCACAGGAGCUUAUGAGACCAUUAAGCACCAAACCCAAGAACCCAUCCACAUCACAGACCUACACGCGUUCAUAGCGGAGUGUACGGACGCACCGAGCUCUGGGAAGUUCAGGGGUCUGGAGACCUCACCGUGCUCGAUCUUCUGCUGCUGUGACAGAACCACGACAUACGAGGAUGUCCUGCGAGUGAACUGAUGUGGAUCUCACUAGACCUCACUAGCCUCCCCUGCUGACCGCAGAGAUACACUGCACACUCCUGACGCUCAGCGUCUCUGCACCAACAUACUGUUUCUCGGGGGGUGGGUCAAACCUCAGUGCUUAUCUGAAGGAGGAGUCACCAUCAGCUGGACCAGCACUCUGCAGAAGACAUAUGUUAGAACAGUCUUUUUUUAUUGGACCUCUCAUUUCUUCUGUCCUCGACUCCAUGAAGAAGAAACUGAAGGCUGAUGAAGACCGGGAUCUGUCCUCUGUGACUCAGAAGAAGAUGCAGAAUCAUGGACGAUUAAUGCAAAGACAUUUCUCUGUUCUUUGUUGGUAUUUAAAACAAUUUAGUAUUUUUUUUCUUAUGUAUUUAAUAAUGCACAAUGCUGAACCAGGAACAGGACCUGUUGUCAAGAUAAUAAAUGGGUACAAGUGCCAUGAUGAAGACUGCAGAAGUGCAUUUAUGGUGCUGACUGUUUUUAUUUUUGUGUUCACUUUUUUUGUGUUCACUUUUUUAGAAUUUCAAAAUUAGUUACCUCUUGUGGACAAGGCUCUUAAAAUGAGGCAUUUAUAUCUGUUUCUCUCCAAAAACAUAUCCAGCAGCUUCUCUUUUUUUUUUUUUUUAACUUAGACCCAACUUUCUACUUUCUACUUUCUACUGACAUAAAGUCCUUUACUGCAAAAACGACUUAGCAGAGGACACGAGCGUCAUACUGGGACACGUACAUUUACACAGAAUGAAAGAAAGAAAUCCACCCUCUAGUAGUUUGACUUUUUUUUAGACAAUCAGGGAGAUGACAGAAUAUAAGAAAACAGGACCACAAACAGAUGUACAGAAUGUGGUUUCAGGUAUUGAAUUGACUUUGAUUUGUUUGCUCUCCUGCGAGCUGCAUCUGCAGGAUAAAGUUUCAAACAGCUUCUUUAGCAGGCUGCACAAGCAUCACAUUGCCUUCAGAUCUGGACCUUUGUUUUGUUUUGUUUUGUUGUUGCCCUCGAUUGCUGUAGUAGAUUGUAUUGCAUUUAUCUGAGUAACGAUCGAUACGAUGGGAUGCAGUCACUCACUAAUGAAGCACUCAGCGUUGCCUGUGGUCUGCUCCCACAAGGAAAGCUGUUCUCCAGAGCCAUAUACAUGUUUCUUUAAUGAUGCCAAAGUAUGUCAGUCGUUCAGAAGUUAGAAACGUUGCCCUCUUUAUCCAUUUCUGAUGGCCAUCAACAAAUUGUAUCAGACUUGUUUUUUGUUUUUAACUUGAAUUGCCUUACAAAACAGAGCAGAGUUUAGGGUAGAUAACAAGAUGUAAUGAUGGCAGAAACAUAUUUGUUGCUCUGCAUUGCCUUGCCCUUGCCAUUGCCAUUUGUUGUCCUCAUAGUCAUGCCUUGUCUAAAACUGUAGCCCAGUGACUGGAUCUUUUGUGGAUGCUUGAAUAACUUAAUUUUUCUCUGUCUGUGUACCGCAUUAAAACGCACAAUAGUUUAGGGAGUCUGACUGUCUGGACUCCAGAAGGUGUUUUUAGGAAAAUAGUUUCUUUUGUCAAAUAGCGAGGAUCUCUGAAGCAUUAAUAGGUGAAUUGAGUGUGAGAAGGCAGUAUUAUUUCUGUCAUCUCAUAUUCUGUCUAAUAAGCAAACAGUGUCACAGUUAAGCUGAUUAUUCUGAGAGACUUUGGAUCAUGAUAGCAAAUGUGUGCCAAAUGUAUCCAUGGCCUUAAUUUUAAAUGUUAUUAUAUGCAUGUAUAUAUUAUCUAGUGUUACCUAGAUGUACCUUUCCUACAGUUUGAAGAUAUCAUGUUUUUAUAUAAAUAAUCUACACUUGUAAAUGCAAUAUGAAGUUAUCUACUUGGCGUCAUAUAUGUUGUCAAUCUACUGAUUCAAAUUUCCCGGAUCAUCUUUGGUGUGAAAACAGGGUAUCCAAGACUGUAAAGAAGAUGUGUGCUAUUUUCAUUCAAACGCAGUUCCUUUAGAUUGUCAGUAGAAGGAGCAAAUAGUUCAUGUGUCCAGAUACUGAUUCAUGUAACACCAUACUAAAGGACUACACAAUUAUUUUUCUACUUGAAAAACAUGGCAGAUGAAAAAAAGAGUAUUGAGGACUUAAAAGAAAUUAUGAGUCUUGAUUUUUUUUUUUUUCCUAAUAAAUCCUUCAGUUCAACAAGUGGUCAAACACA